AUUUCUAAGAAGUGCUAUUCGUAGUAAUUGUAUCGUGAAAUAUAUAUACAGCAAGUAUAUAUCUUUUAUGCAUUUAUUAAAGUAAAAUUGAUAUAGAACGUCGUGUCAGUGAACGGAGUACAAAAAAUAUGUUAUUAUUUUGUAGUUAUUUUAAGGUAAUGAACAAUUUGAACUUGUUCAACGAUAUCAUACUGAAUAGACGCAGAAUUAAAUGAUCUGUUCUUACGAGUGAAUUUCAUUGAGUUUAAAAAUGGCUGUAAAUGACAAAACUUGUAGUAUUUGUUUAGAUUAUUUUACAAAACCUAAAAUUAUCGACUGUCGUCAUACAUUUUGUGAAUUAUGUCUGGAUGGCUAUGUCAAAAAUGUAGUCAUAAAUAACCAGUUCCGAUGUCCAUUAUGUAGACAGACUAAUAUAAUACCAGAUGGUGGAGUGAGAGAUUAUAAAGUGAACUUUCACGCCCUCAAGAAAAAAAAGCCAGUGCCAGUUCCAAGAAGAAAAGUAAAUGCCUCAGUUAAUUUACCAACUAAGGAAACGGUGUUAGUCUCAAGAAGAGAGAGUGGUGCCCCUGUUUGUUUAUCCACUGAAGAGAAUGAAAAGCAAGUUGUAAAUCCUCUCUGUCCACAACACAAUGAAGAAAUGGGUUACUGUAAAGAUUGUAACCGCACACUUUGCUAUCAAUGUCUUAGUGGUCAUCAAGGCCACGCCGUAUAUACUAUUGAAGAUAUGUUACGCGAAUUUGACAUAUUUCUCUAUCCACUAGACGAACAAGCCAAAUUGAUCAAUUCUAUUGUGGAUUUUUUGAAAAAAGAGGCUAGAACAGUCGCCCAACAGUAUGCUGAAGAAUGUGGAAAAGUUGACCAAAGAAUAGAACAGAUGUGUCAAAUUAUCAAAGAUGAAGGCCAAAAACUAAAACUGAAAAUGAAGGAUUCUAAUUUGGAGCACAAGAAGGUGAUCGAAAAGAUGACUAAAGCCGCCAAAAAGCAGAAGACGCAAAUUAGAAAAAUUUGGAACCAGAUAGAGGAGAUGGCGAAAACAAACCAGGUGUGUGAGGCAAUAUUAAGUACUGAACACGAACCAAAAUUGAUACCAGAUAUCAAUCAAGAAGAUUUUACUCUACCAGAUUAUUCUUGUCCUCGGUUUCAAGAUGGCGUUACAGAUGUGGAGGAAUUAUCCAAGCAAAUUGGACAAAUACACAAUAUGGGAGACGGCAGAUUUCAUGUGGAUAAUAAUAAUUAUGGGCAUGUACCGACUCCAGGUUAUGAGAACGCGCAGAAUCCCAUUUACAUGUAUUUGGAUGGGCAGAUCCUUGGUAAUAGGCAAACUCCCCGUUAUGGUUUGGCACCGACUCCCGGUUAUGGGUCUACACUGAAUCCAGAUUAUGUGUUUGCGCUGAAUCCCGGCUAUGCGUAUGCACAGAAUACCGGUUAUGCGUAUGCGCAGAAUCCCGGUUGUGCGUAUGCGCAGAUCGCUGGUUAUCAGGAGUAAUAUUGUACAGCACAAGGCUAUGGCGAGAUUUUAGAAGAACCACAUUACGACCGUGUUACCAAAUAUUUCUUGUGUAAAUUUUUCACUGACAAUAAUCAAUGCCAAGGACGAGUGGACAACAGUAAAUCAUUAACUGAUUCAGGAGUUCAGGUCAAAGAUUUUGUGAACCACAAUAUUUUAAUUUUAUCUUUAAAUCUGAGAAUGGUUUUAAAUUAUGUUAAUAAAAUUAAAGUACAAGUCACAUGUUCGUCUAUCGAAAUCCAAUAAACUCAGAAAUCUCAUCUAGAAGAAAAUGUAUGUCGGUCAACUAGCUUCGUGUCUAAUUGUAGACGGACUGCGUUGGUUUCGUAUGGAAAUAAUUUUUACACCUUAUGUAAAUGUCCAUUUUGUAGAAUUAAAAUAUUUUCUUUUAUG